UUCCAUGUCCGGUGCGGCGAAGACCUUCGAAAAGUAGCGAACAGUACGUUAGUUUGAGCUACGCUACCGUCAAAGCUUAUAGACAGUUCCUCUGCGUCAGACAAGUUGGCGAACACUCUAAGGACAGCCAGUCGAAUCGUUUCAAGGAGAGAAAACCGUAGUGGAACAGCAAGGGAAAGUUAAUGCAGUGGAUGUUUUUAUGACUGGGGCUUUGCUACUGAUUCACGGAGUAGUAGCAACAGUUUGAAUUGAAGAUCUGGAAGUUUCUCUCCUUCAGGAUCAUACCACAUCUGGUUAUGUUUGCCUCUGCAUUCUCCUUAUAAUGAUGCCCUAGAUGGAGGCCUGGCCUUAGCCCCCUGUCAGUUCUGUGCCAGUCAUAUAAUUUCUGUGUUUACUCUGAGUGGAUUACCAUGGCUGAUUCUCCAGAGAGGGACCCUCCACUACUGCAGCUCCAAGAAGUGGACUCUAGCAGGUUGGCAGCACGUGUUCUCUCACCUAUCUUUGGUACACCCUCACCCUCCCUGCCACUGGAGGGACACCCCGUCUGCAUCCCGUCUCCUUACACGGACCUGAGCCACGACUUCACUCCUUUAUCUUUCUAUAGUCCCACGUUGCUGAGUUACUGUGCCCCCUCUCUCUCCGACUGCACCUCGGUGCAUCAGUCACUUAGCCCCACCCUCUUCUGGCCCUCCCACAGCCAGGUCUCGUCAUUGGCACUGCAUCGACCACAGUCCUGUUCCCAACACAAUCAACCAUCCCACGGCUCAUGGGCAGACCUAGUGGUCUGUGACCACGCCCAGGGGGAGGACAGUAAACCUGUGGGAAAGAGGCCGGAGGAAAGCAUCAGCUCUACAGCAGGCAAAGCUGACAUGCACUACUGCGCUGUCUGCAAUGACUAUGCCUCCGGAUACCAUUAUGGGGUAUGGUCCUGUGAGGGCUGCAAAGCUUUCUUCAAGAGAAGUAUCCAAGGGCACAAUGACUACAUCUGUCCGGCAACCAACCAGUGCACCAUCGACAAGAACCGGCGCAAGAGCUGCCAGGCAUGUCGCCUCCGCAAGUGCUAUGAAGUGGGAAUGAUGAAAUGUGGAAUGCGUCGAGACCGUGGCGGUUACGGUAGGGGGGGUGCCCAGCACAGAAGGGUGGUACGGUACAGUGCCAGGGCAGGGCUGGACAGACAGAGACCAGGAGAAGGGAAAGAUUUACCUUCAGUGAAGGUAAAGCAGCUGGUUUCCGCGGUGUUAAGCCCCCAGGAGCUGAUCUCACGGAUAAUAGAAGCAGAACCGCCGGAGACCUACCUGAUGAAGGACGUGAAGAGGCCUUUUACCGAGGCCAACGUCAUGAUGUCCCUCACCAACCUGGCCGACAAAGAGCUAGUCCACAUGAUCACGUGGGCUAAAAAGAUUCCCGGUUUUGUGGAACUUAGUUUGUUGGAUCAGGUCCACCUGUUGGAGUGCUGCUGGCUAGAGGUGCUGAUGUUGGGACUGAUGUGGAGAUCUGUAGACCAUCCGGGAAAACUGAUGUUCUCCCCUGACCUUAUCCUCAGCAGGGAUGAGGGAAGUUGCGUACAAGGCUUUGUGGAAAUCUUUGAUAUGCUGCUUGCAGCCACUGCUAGAUUUAGAGAACUCCAACUACAAAAAGAAGAAUAUGUCUGUCUCAAGGCCUUGAUCCUCUUCAAUUCCAACCUGUGUCUGAGUUCAUCUGAGGGAGAGGAGUUACAGAGCAGGACAAAGGUGAUGCGAUUGCUGGAUUCAGUGACAGAUGCACUGGUUUGGGCCAUUUCUAAAACUGGCCUGAGUUUCCAGCAACGCUCCACGCGCCAAGCUCGCCUGCUUAUGCUGCUCUCCCACAUCCGCCAUCUGAGCAACAAAGGCAUUGAUCACCUCCACUGCAUGAAGAUGAGGAACGUGGUGCCACUGUAUGACCUGCUUUUAGAGAUGCUCGACGCUCAUAUCAUGCAUGGUUCUCGCUUGCCUCAGCGACCCUCCCAUGUCACUGCUCCUGAAGAGAGUCCCAGACCCACCGCACCAUUCUCCUGUCCCACAGUUGACCUCCAGGACCCUGAACAAACCAGCAAGAAAGUGUAACAGAGUUGUCUCAGGAGUUCUGGAAAGGGAUCUCUUGUGUCCUGAAGAUGGACUAAAACAAUAAAGAGAGGCAGAAGAAUGAAAUUGGAACUGGGAUGAAAUAAGCUUUUGGUGUUUUGAAUAUUGCAGACCUCUGAAAACACAAGCCCUCUGAAAUUGGAUUCACUCUGGAUCAAAUGCUCUGUCAGUAACCUCCAUGAAGUGAAUCAUGUGUGAAAACAGGGUUGUACACUUUUUUUUUUGGUCAAAAAGGUAAACAUUGGUUGAAGUCACGUCGCAAAUCUUCAGGUGUAGUAUGCUCCCUCAUCAAAAAUAAUAAUAAAAAAAAAAAAAACAGAGCAUCUGGUGCAAAAUGAUUAUAAUGUAGAAUGAAUAAUUUUACCAUGGGGGAGGGGGGAGACUGGAAUAAAUGUGAUUGAAUCUUCCUUUUGUACUGAGUAGGCAGACAUGACAUCAGCCUUGGUUUGGUUACUCCCUUAUUACCAUACAUGACAAUCAAAAUUGAAAAAGAGAAACUCUUCUGGGAGACCAUCCUAAUCUCAAAAUUAUUAUAAUAGAUCUCAAUGGCCUGUCGCUAAGAACAGUCAAGAGUUUGAUUACCUGCCCCUGAAUUAUACUUCUGGACUUUCAUCACUAAUGCGUGCCUACAUCUUUCACUUAAAUACACCAGCUGUACAGAAAGAGGAGGUGGUUCUGUUUAACACAGAUGUUAAUAAAGAAAAAAAAAACCUCACCCACAUUUCUGCUGUGGAGGCUAACCCAAAGAAAAAGGAUCUCAUUUUUCUAGCUUAGAUAAUACAAGGGUCUAAUAUUUGAUGUCAGAAGUUUCCCAGAUGAGGUUUUUUUAAUUUUUCAUUUUUUUUAGAUGUAAACAUUAUAAAGGUCAGUCUUGGGACAGGUGGUAUCCUAGUUGUUGAAACAUCUCUACCUUUAAAAGUGUUGAUAUCCACACGGAUUGUUGUUGUUUUUUUUUUAAGGGUUAGUGUGCCGAUUAAUUCAUCUCUCAUUAACUUUGAUUACACUCAAAACAGAAGGAUGGCAGUCACCAACGACUUUUAGGAGUAACUGUUCAUUUUAACAGUGGGUAAAUUUGUAAAUGUAUAGAUAUUUUGGUAAUAUUGAGACGUGUAUUUGUUGCUCUUGAACACAGGGCCGAAUUUAAGUUGAUCAUCAAGAACACACCUACAACUUGUCAGCUAACUGUCAUCCCUAAAACAAACCAUUGCUUUAAAACACCUUUUUAAAUUCACAGCAAAAAUGGAAUUCAACUAAAAAAAAAUUUACAUUCAAUACAGGUUGAACUUAAUACAUUUAACUGAGAAGUGAUUCUUUUCAUGGCUUUUAAAACAGCAGUUGUAGAAACCAAGCUUUAAGAACCAGGAAUAAGCCAUAUUUGUACACAGCCAAUCAGAGAACAUUUGAUUAAUUCUGUGUGAACCUUUUAGCAAACUUCUCAAGUUCUACCAUUCCUGCCUCUGCAGGUCACUCUGCAUGCAGAAAAACAGCUGGACCUAUGGUGUUCAAAAACACACGGUUUCUGUGUGUACGCCUUCCUGAAACUGAGGAACUUUUUGUAAAUAAGUCCUUGAGCAUACAAAAUUUCACACCAAUCCCUGUUUUUUUUUCUAAACUGUGCUGCAGCUUUUGCACUUUAGAUUUUCUGCAAUCAUCUGUCCAUUCAUCAGAAGGAAUUAAAUCACAGAGCAGGAUAUCUGGUUCAUUUGGUUAGCCUGUCUGGUUCUGUUUUCUGUGUGUGAUGGUAAAAUAAAAAGUGCAAAAUUUCUUCUUUCAAAAUGUUGCUUGUUUUUAUGAUGUAUUUGUGUUUGCUAUGCAGACCCACCCACAAGAGUAAUAAAACUGUCAUAUGGAAA